AGCCGUAGUGCGGCGGGGCCGCGGCGGGGCGGCCUUGGCCGAGGGUGCGGUUCGUGGCCCUUUAAGGCGCAGUCGCGGGAGAAGCGGUGGCCUGGGAUGAAGGAGGACAAGGAGAACGCGAGGCCCAAGGAGCGGCGCGGGGCCGCCACCGGGCUGGGGACUCUGCUGGGGGCGGGGUCGGGCACGGGCACCGCCGCCGCUGGGGACAGCAGGACCGGCACUGCUGAGCUCGACCGCCUCGAGCGGCCCAAGGACAAGAAGGAGACGCUCAGCAAGGUGGUGAUCCGGCGGCUGCCGCCCAGCCUGACGAAGGAGCAGCUGGAGGAGCAUCUCCAGCCCCUGCCCGAGCAUGACUACUUCGAGUUCUUCGCCAACGACUCCAGCUUGUACCCUCACAUGUUCUCGAGAGCCUACAUCAACUUCAAAAACCAGGAAGACAUAGUCCUCUUCAGGGAUCGCUUUGACGGCUAUGUUUUUGUCGACCACAAAGGUCAGGAAUAUGCUGCCAUAGUUGAGUUUGCACCUUUCCAAAAAGCUGCAAAAAAGAAGAGUAAGAAAAAGGAUGCGAAAACUGGAACUAUUGAAGAUGAUCCAGAGUACAAGAAGUUUCUGGAAAGUUACAGUGCAGAUGAUGAAAAAUUAACUUCCACUCCAGAAACUUUGUUGGAGGAAAUAGAGGCAAGAAACAAAGAGCUCAUAGCUAAAAAGACUACUCCAUUAUUGAACUUCUUGAAAAAUAAACAGAGACUGAGAGAAGAAAAAAGAGAGGAGAGGAGGAGGAGAGAACUGGAAAGAAAAAGACAAAGAGAAGAAGAAAGAAGAAAAUGGAAAGAGGAGGAGAGAAGGAAGAGGAAAGAAGCAGAAAAACUGAAGAAGGUAGACAGAUGCCCAGAAAAAGAAAGAGACAGAUCAAAAGAAGAACCAAAGAUUAAGCUGCUUAAGAAGCCUGAAAAAGAUGAAAAAGACUUGGAGAGAAAAGAAAAAUCCAAGAAACUGGAAAAAGAGACUCUGAGGGAGGAAAAAAUUGCGAGUAGUGCAUCUGCCAAACGAUCUGAUGGGGAGACAAAAGAAGAGAAGGCAAAAAAAUCAGAAGAUGAGUGUGUAAAGGACUACAGGGACCGAGAUAGAGAUUAUGAAAGAGACAGAGAAUAUGAGAGAGCACAAAGGGAGAAACUGAGGCGCCAAGAAGAGGAGCGUCGGAGGCAGAAAGAGCGCUUUGAGAAAGAGAAGGUUUUUAGAAGAAAAGAGGAAGAGGUGAAAAAGGAGAGAGACUUACUCAGAGAAAAGGGAAAGAAAAGUGAUCUUACAGACUUUACCAGCAGCACGGACAAAUCUGACAAAGUAACCAAAGAUGAUAAGAAAGAGGAUACAAUUAAGAGGGAUCGUAUCAGAAACAAGGAUCGUCCAGCAAUGCAGCUGUACCAGCCAGGAGCCCGAAGCCGAAGCAGAUUGUGUCAGUAUGAAGACAGUGCUGCAAAGCCCGCAGAUCAGGGUGCGGAUAAGAAACAAGAGAGUGAGACGAGUAAUAUGAAGGAAGAGGAGUGACUAGCAUGCAAGCCUUAUGUGUUCUGACUGUCUGUGCGGCCAAAGAGCAUGUACUACGCAAUCCAGAAGUGCCUUCGAAGCGAAGAAGGAACAAAGGAAGACAAGGGGGCAUUGUGCUGUUGGAUGUUAAAAGAACCUCAGCUGUAGAUUUGGAAUUUGAAAUGUGUUCUCAUUGUAUUUUCAGUUAUUUGAAUUUAUUUUCCCAGCAUCUAAACUACAUCAGAGAAGAGAAUCUUUGCAGAGUAGAAAGACUUUAUGGCCUUAAGUAUGAUAAUAAAUGAGUCAUGCAGUCAGGAGGAGAUGACACCUGGAUCUGAAGCCAGAGCUUUACUGUAAGGCGAUGGGAGCCAGUGUUUGAUGUGCUUAAGCAGAGCAAGCUUGAAGUUGCCCGGAGUUAACACAGGUGUUGUGUGGCAGUGAUAGCUGAGUGAUGUCAGUCUGGCACGGAGACAGGUACACAGGCUGAGGCAGUUGAGGUGCCGAUGAAGAGGAGAAGCCUCUGGCACAGGAAGAGGAGAACGCUUGGCAUAUCAGUGAUAAUGCUAGGGAGGGAGAGACCUUCCUCUUUCCUGGUUCUCUGGAUAUUAAGUAACUAAGUUGGAGUGUAUGAAUAAGCUGGCUUAAUAUUGGAAUACUUCUUGACAAAUUCUCAUGUAAAGUCUACCUACAUUGAAACGCUUACUUUUAAUCAAAUGUAGCUGGUUUGGGCAUCCUGUUCUUUUGCAGCAUUCUCCCUUCACCGUCUGGAGCGUUACCGCACUCCUGUCCUCCCUCAUAACUUGAACUGUUGUUUUACAGCCCAGAAAGAGACUUCACCAGUAGCAGCUCCUCCUAAGCUAGCGAAUUUUAGCCAUAGCUGUUUUGUACUAAACCCAAUAAACUCGCACAAACUCGU